UUACAAGGAGUUCAGAAGCUCUCCGACCCUGCAUGGAUGCGCCCCGUGACAUUGCGUUUCUGUCAUCGCUGAACUCUUGGAUCAUUUUUAAAGCGCUCAAGUUGAUGUCGUUUCCAUGGGUAGCGUCUAAAAACGGUGUUUGAAGGAAACCUGUCGAGAUGCAGCUGCGAACGGUGCUUGACGUGAACGUCGUGGAUGUUCAGAAGCGAAGGAAUCCCUCCAAACACUAUGUGUAUCUUAUCAACGUCUCCUACUCUGACUCCACUUCACAUGUCAUCUACAGGAGAUACAGUAAAUUCUUUGACCUACAGAUGAGAAUUCUGGACAAAUUCCCAAUCGAAGGAGGGCAGAAGGAUCCUAAAAAGCGGAUCAUUCCGUUCCUACCAGGUAAAGUUUUGUUUCGGAGGAGUCAUAUCAGAGAUGUGGCUGUGAGGCGACUGAAGCACUUGGACAACUACUGCAAAGCUCUUUUGAAACUUCCCUCCCACAUUUCCCAAAGUGAGGAGGUUUUGAAGUUCUUUGAAACCAAUGCAGAGGAUCUCAACCCUCCCACUGAAGACUGCGGCGGCUCUGGCAAGAGAAAAUCAGGAUUGGACUCCUCGGACCCAAUGCUUCUGGAGCAAUACGUGGUGGUGGCAAAUUAUGAGAAACAGGAGCCAGCCGAGAUCAGCCUGCAAGCGGGCGAGGUGGUCGACGUCAUCGAGAAGAGCGAGAGCGGUUGGUGGUUUGUCAGCACCGCUGAGGAGCAGGGUUGGGUCCCCGCUACUUAUCUAAACUCCCACAGUGGUACACGAGACGACCUGGAGCUCGGCGCCUCGAAAACCGGGGAAGUUACUAAGCGACAUAAGUCUCACCUGAAGAGACUGGACCGGAGAUGGACGCUGGGCGGGGUCAUCAGCCGGCAGCAGAGCCGAGAGGAGAAGUAUGUGACAGUGCAGCCGUACGCCAGCCAGGGCAAGGAUGAGAUGACCUUUGAGAAGGGAGCCAUAGUUGAGGUGAUCCAGAAGAACCUGGAAGGCUGGUGGUUCAUCAGGUACCAGGAUAAGGAGGGCUGGGCUCCGGCUUCUUACCUGAAAAAGAUGAAGGACGACCUCUCGCCCAGGAAAAAACCUGCCACUGGUCCGGUGGAGAUCAUUGGCAACAUCAUGGAGAUCAGCAACCUGCUCAACAAGAAGACCCUGAGUGAGAAAGAUGUUCAGACAGAAGAGGUAUCAGAGAGCCCCCAAGUGGCCAGGAAGGAGAUCAGUCUGCCAAUCCUGCGAGCCGAAUCCUGCCCCACCAAUUCUCCACAGGAAGGGAAAGCAAAAGCGGAACAACCUUCACCGGCUAUAGCUCGCAUCGCACCUCACAGGGUGGAGAUUGGUUCGCCAGUACUCAGGCAAAAACCACCCCCACGCAGGGAUGCUACUCUGGGGUUGCAGUUACCCUCUCCACCAGAGCCCCCUACAGUUGAAGCAGAGUACUACACCAUUGCAGAGUUCCAAUCGUGCAUAUCUGAUGGCAUUAGCUUCAAUGGAGGACAAAAGGCGGAGGUGAUCGAGAAGAACUCCGGAGGAUGGUGGUAUGUCCAGAUUGGCGAGAGAGAGGGGUGGGCUCCCUGUUCCUACAUUGAUAAACGCAAAAAGCCCAACCUGAAUCGCAGGACCAGCACACUGUGUCGCCCAAAGGUUCCUCCUCCAGCACCCCCUGUCAAAAAAAACGACUCAGUGGAAACCGCCCCGCCCAGCAGCCCUGGGUCUGAAGCUCCAGAGUCACCGGUCUCUCCUGGGAGACCGGUGUAUGAAGAGCCAGAGUAUGACGUCCCUGCCAUCGGCGAUCUGGAUUUGGAGUCUGAGUUUGAGUUUCUAAGAGGAGAAGCGUCUUUGGUGGAUGCAAAGAUUGAAGAUGCUUGCUCAGAGAAGGGGUCCUUCUUGUCCUCCAAACCUUCCCCAGCAUCGUCACUCCACAGCGCCUCAUUCAGGAUUGGCGAGUCUUCUGAGGAUGGGCACGAGGGAGAAGCGGAGGAGGAGUGCAUCUAUGAGAAUGACGGUUUCCGGCCCUUUAAAGAGACCCCAGAGCGUCAGUUCAGCAGGGAUUCUAACUCUUCCAAGACGGAACCUGAGAAGUCAGUCAGCCCAAAAUCAGGGGGUUGGAGAUCUGCGGGAAACAAGCUUAAGAUUGACUUGAAUGGGAGCACGCUGUUGACCAAGGCUGAUGAUGGGUGCAGUCCUAAAUCGGCCUCUACUGAGUCCACCAUAGACCUGCUUAGAACAAAGAAAGACCAGGAGGAAAGCAAAGCGUCUCCCGUGACAAGGUCGUCCUCUAAAUUGAAACCAGUGGUAAGACCAAAACCACAAAUGGCUAAGACGUCCAGCGCGGAGAAGAUGGACAUCAGCACGUUGAGAAGACAGUUGAGACCUACAGGGCAGCUGAAGAAUGGCAGUAAAGCCAGAGGCGAGGACUCUGAGACGGCCUCUGUCAUCUCCUCAGAAGAUUCCUUCUCCUCUCAGAGUACCUCAUCUGAUUUCUCAUCCAUCUACUCCAAAGGCAGCCGAGGGGACUCUGACCUAGAGAACUGUGUCAUUUACCGCACCACAGACCCGUACGAGAAAGUCCAGGACUCUGAGAUCAGCUUCCCUGCUGGAGUGGAAGUGGAGGUGGUGGAGAAGCAGGAGAGCGGCUGGUGGUACAUCCGCUGGGCUGAUGCUGAGGGUUGGGCUCCCACCUACUAUCUGGAACCCGUCCGCCCACAAGAAGACAUUGCUGGGUCCGAGUCUGAUGGCACACCGACCAAACUUGGUAGCCUCAGUAAGUCCAACAGCCUUGAGAAGAACGAACAAAGAGUCCAGGCCAUGAACAACAUCAACCAGAGCCUCAAGAAGGUCACACCUCCCAUCCCUUCGAAGCCGCCAGGGGGUCUGUCCAAACCCAACUUCUUCUCCUCGAGAAAGCAGAACAGCCCCAAGCAGCAGCAGGUGGUCAGACCCCAGUCAGUCUUCAUAUCAGCCCCUAUAAGGGAUGGUCCGAGUCCGGUUAGCUCUCUCAGGAGGAAUGAAUCCUUGAACUCCUCCGAUCAGCCUCGAGCCAGCCCCACAGUGCGACGUAAUGCCUCGUUCGGUGCGGUGACCCGCAGCCUUGCACCAAACAACAUAACCCUGCCUAUCAGGAAUAGAUCCGGCACCGGGAGCUCAGAGUCCCUUGGCCUCGGGUCCUCGAACGCCUUCCACGUGUCUGCUAUGAAAGCCAAGCCACACAUCAUCCACAACAACCUGAGAGAGAUCUACGUCUCCAUUGCAGAUUACCACGGCGACGAGGAAACGAUGGGUUUUCCUGAGGGGACCAGUCUGGAGGUUCUUGAAAGAAACCCAAAUGGCUGGUGGUACUGCAAGGUUCUGGACAAUGGCAGGCCCAGGAAAGGUUGGGUUCCUUCCAAUUACCUUGAGAAGAAGCACUAAGACUCACGUGUGGAGCUGGAUGAACUCUGCACAGCCCGAGACUCGAUCUGGUACCUUCGAAAAAAAAUCCCUUCACCUGUUAAAGCAACUAGUUUACAGCUUUUAACAAUGUCUGUCACCCAAAAGAGGGACUUUCUAACUUGAAAUAGAUCUUUUCGUGUCCAGUGUCAUUUUAUUGUCAUGUCUGUAAAACGUUUUUGAAGCUUACUGCAUGUUUCAUUGAUAGCGACAAUGCCUUGAGCAGUUAACAUUUUCCUAAAAUCUUACCUGUUUCCAAAGCUACUUCCUCUAAUGCCACAUUACACUACAUGAUUUUAAUAUGUCUAAUUUCCCUGGAGCAUGAGGCACAUCUUCAGUGGACGUGUGUCAAAAAAACAAAUUACAGGCGAUGAAAUGGGAGUUUUAUGGUCUUGUUCAUGAGCAGUGAGGUGGAGAGCUGUAGUAGUGGAAUUACUGGUAAUGUCAAUGGACCUUGUGGCCUUGGUGGAUACUGAGCUGAAGAAGAAGAGUCCUCCAUGUUCCCACUCCAAUUUCCGUGUACAUAAUCCCUACGACAGAACAGGAUGAGGAGGGUUUUCAGUCUUCAGUACCUUUGUAGAAAAGGUUUGAUCUGGCAGAUCCACAGAUUAGAAGUUGUGCCCCUGCCCUACUGGGAUGUUCUGAUGGUGAGGCGAAAUGCAAACCUUUCAAGUGCAUCCAUCGGUCUGCCUUUCUUGCCUUGCCGAGGUUGUGUCGUAGAGAAGCGGCUGGCGUGAGUUUCUUUGCUGGACUGGGUGAUACAAGAGACGUGGGAACACAAUUCCUUGAGGAGAGCCAGUUGAGGUUAGAUGGGGAUUUAAGUAAGUGUCCCUGGUUUUCGGUCAUGUUCUUCAGAGCCUGGCUUGGAUAAUGGAAUGCCUCUAUAGAUGAAAACAAUGGCUUUCACCUGGAAAGAGCUCAAAGUUGAUCGGCAGUUUGCAUUUUUAAGAGCCGACUGACGUGGUCAAGGAGGAUCCACCACAUUCUAACUGCUAAGGUGUCUUGAACAGUCUACCUGUGACACGCUACAAUGGAAUCAAAUGGGUCCCCUCCUGUGGAUUUACGUUCCAACACAGUGGUUGAGGCUAGGAUGAGGAUGUGGCAUCGCAAUGUGCGUGAUGCAACUGAAUGCCUCAUGUGUUAACAUGCAACGCAAAUGACUGACAUCCAUGUCAGUCUGUGAAGGAAAAGUCCACUUGACAGUAGUCAAUCUUAGAGAGUGAGAAGACACUGCACUUCGAAUGGACCCUCGAAUGUUGUUGGAGGUUUCUCUCAUUAUUGUAUCAUCAUGGUCAUCACGAGCAUAUCGAUUACCUCAACUUGUGGUCUUAGUGGUCAGAUUUUGUGUGUUCAUUUUAGGGUUCAACCGGGCUGUGUUUGACACCUGUGUUUAACCAUGACAAAAACAUCUUGCUGAAUUUAUAAUCCAUUUUAUACAACCAUACUAAGUUGAAAAGCGGUUAUUCUCAAUAUUUUAUUAUUGCAUUAAAUUCUCUUAUAUUGUAGAAUCCCUUUGGGGUUCAUCCCUGGUUCUAGUGAUACAGACCUUAAAUCUUCUGGAGCAGUAGAGUCGGCAUAAGAAGUGGGAUUAUGGUCAGGAGACCACAGGAAGCGUGUCAUUGUGGUUGUGAAAAAGAUGUACGUGAAAAAUGCAUGGUUAAAAGAGCAUCAGUUUCAAAUGGAUUAAAAAUUAUAGAAACCAAAAGUAAAGGUAAAAGACACAUUUAAUGAUUUUUUUUUCUGUGUUAUUUAAUCGUGAGUUUUAUGUCCGUCAUUAAGAGGCAGACUCCUGUGGUCAGAAGACAUGUUGGAAGAGCGCAGUGUAAAGUGGCAUUAGCUCUAAAUUGGUGCUGUUUUAUUUUUGCAUGUUUUUACAUUUUUGUAUCUUUAUACUGUGUCACUUUUGUGAAUUAUUCUACCUUGUUAUUUUGUAACAUAGUCCAAAUGAAACAAUUCAUCAGCAUCUCUGAUCGUCUAUGUUCUCAAGUACUAUCCAAGUCAUAUUGUUUAUAUAUAUUACUUUGGCGUACAACAGGCCUUUUUUCAAGUUAAACUGUAUUUAUUCAUUUCCUUAAAAAAAUCUCAAUAUGUAAUUAAUGUUUGUAAUCCUUCGUUAUAUCCGUCAUUUCCGGGGUGAUCAUUUUUGAAACAGCUCGUCCAAUAGCCAUUAAAAAUUUCUGCUGGACAGUAAAUUUGACUUUCACAUGCAGUAUUAAAGAGAUGCUAACUAUUGUUUUAAAGUUGUGGUCAGCAAACUAAAGUGCCGAAGAAUGACUUUAA